AUGGUCAACUACCGCUUCCUCACUCUCGCCGCGCUCGCCCUGCCCUUGGUAGCAGCGGCCCCUACCGCCUCCGCCUCCGAGACCCUCGAAGUCCGCUCGGAACAUGAAGUGGAAGUCUUCUCCUUUGAGAAAUGGGUCGACUCCAUCAUCGCCAACCCCGACACAGCUUUAUCAUCCGAGCAGGCUAUCGAGGCGUGGAAAGCUUCGACCAACGGCACUUCUUCUGCUGCUACUGAUGCUGCUGGGACUCUGUCCAAGCGCUCUUGUAUGCCCAUGGCUGAUCAGGCCUAUGUCCCCGACGCAGUAGUCUGCAUCAACAAGCUCGCCUCCCUCGGCUCGCAAGCUUGCGUCGCCAACGCUGUGGCCUUCUUCUGGACCCAUGGCCGCGCGCAGGUGGUGGGCGUCGCCGGCCCCGUCGCCUACGUGUCGACGACGUGCCAGAAGGUGGCGCAGACGGCGGGCAAGAUCAUGGAUCAGUGCACGAGCGGGCAAUUCACGGGCGGACAGAUUCCGAAUGUGGGUGAUAGCAGGAUGCAGGUUCAUUUGAGGUUGCCUUAA